GAAUGUUCGCCAGAAUGGUUUGACGACUUAAAUUCACCUCUUAAAGUUGUGGUGCCUGGAGAUAGCAAAAGAAAAAAGAUUGGUACAUUGUUUUAUUAUUGCAAGCUUGAAAGUCAGAUGUCCUAUUUGAAUUGUUACGGAAAAUGGGAAAAGUUCAGCCAAAACUCUAGUGUUGGAUUUGAAUUAGAAAAUAGAGAAGACUUGUAUCACAAGGGUAAAGACAGAUUUAACGAAUACACGCCAAAGAUAAAUGGAAAUGUAAUAAAACUCCAUUUGAGUUGUCAAGUUGAUGUUCAGAAUUGUGUUUUGUUAAAGGUUAACGGAACGCAAAAUUGUAAAGUCGACUCGACAACUACAUCAUCGCCUCCAACAACUUCAGCAACUACAGCACAAUUACCUCAAACAACAACUUCGACAACCACUUCAACGAGUUUUUCAGACACGUCAACCAAUCAACAAACGACGGCUAUCAGCAUAACAAAAGCCGAAAGGUUAUCAACAACUUCAUCAACCGAGUCGACUCCAGAACAUCCCAUGCCGACUCGACAUUUCUCUGAAACCAAGACAACCGAUGCUAUAACAAGCUCACCUCAAAAAGAGAAAAGUGCCAGUAAUGGGGGCAGCAGUGGUGGUGCCAUUGAAGGCGCCAUUGGUGGGGUAGUUGCACUGGUAGUCAUUGUUGUUAUAUUGAUUGUUAUAUUAAAAAGAAGAAGAAAAAGAUGUGCUAAAGAAAAGCGAGAAUCAGUGGCUCCUAUAGCAGACAAUCCUUCUUAUCAUAACGCAUCCCCCGCCAAUGGACAACUGGAAUUCCCAGAUGAUGACGAGUAUUCGUACGCCUGUACAAACAACCAUCCUAUUGUAAUCAAAGAACAAAAUGGCAAAGCAGUGACAGGCUCAAACGUUGCUAAUGACAAUAACAGAAACAUCAAUGGUGUCUUGGGUUCUCCACCAAACCAGCAAGCUCCCGUCUAUAGCACUCUGGAAGAUCCUAAUUACGCUAAACUUCAAAAAUCCGCAAAUACGUCCAAUGGGCCUUCGUACAAUGUUCUUGCUCGUCCAGAAAAUAAAUGGACAGCAAAACAAGGGCCAGUUUAUGAUGUGCUAGAAGACCCAAACACUUUACCAAAUAAGAAUGGUCCAAUUUACAAUACGCUAAAGAACCCAAAUGAACCUUCCUACAACACUCUUGAACGCCCUGAAAAUAAAUGGAUGACGAAACAAGGACCUGUGUAUGAUAUACUGGAGGACCCAAAUUCUACUGGUGGUCCAGUAUACAGCGUACUUGAAGGACCAAACUCGAAUGAUCAGCAAGCAUAUGAUGCCCUUGAGGGUCAAGACACUAAUGUAUAUGGUUCCCUUGAUAGUCCAGACCCUCACGUUUAUGGUGCACUUUAUUCACCGACGUCAAAAUCAGCAUCGGCGUAUGAUAAUGAUAUUUAUGACUCUGCUGGUGGAACUAUAAUUGAUGAAGAUACGUACCAAGAACUAAAUCAAACUGAUCAGCGGUCUUCUGAUAUAUAUCAGCCAGUACGACCUCCAAGAAAUACCAUGGCCAUGAAAAACAUGUCUGGAAUUACUCAGUCUCAGGCAUAGCCGUUACCUAGUACUAAUUUCAAUGCCUGAGACACUUCCAUAUUAGGUUACGACCACAUGGAUUA